AUGUCAACAGAUCCCGAAAUCCACACCUUCUUCACCACCGACCCCAUCCCCCCGAACCCGAACCCCGGAAUCCCCGACUUCAACCUAGCCAGCAAGGUAGUCAUAAUCUCCGGCGCCGGCCGAGGCCUAGGCCUAACCCUAGCAGAGGCACUCCUAGAAGCGGGGGCAAGAGUAUACGCUCUAGACUACCUCCCAGAGCCAGCACCGGAAUUCAUACAAGUCCAGCAGCGAGCCAAGACAUGGAAUACAGAGCUACAGUACCGCCGUGUCGACGUGCGUGACACGGGAAUCCUCAAUGCCGUCAUCGAGGAUAUCGCUAAUCACGAAAGUCGCAUGGAUGGUCUAAUCGCUGCUGCUGCUAUCCAGCAGGAGACGUCUGCUCUGGAAUACUCUGCUGAAGAUAGUAAUGCCAUGCUUGAGGUUAAUGUUACGGGUGUGUUUAUGACGGCUCAGGCUGUUGCGAGGCAGAUGGUUCGGUUUGGGAAUGGGGGGAGUAUUGUUCUUGUUGCUAGUAUGAGUGGGACUGUUGUUAAUAGGGGAUUAAUCUCCCCAGUCUACAACGCAAGCAAAGCAGCUGUCAUUCAACUAGCCCGCAGUCUUGCCGCGGAAUGGGGUCAGUAUAACAUUCGUGUUAACACGCUUUCCCCAGGUUACAUUCUCACUUCUAUGUUGGAGAUGCUGUUUGUCGAGUACCCGGAGCGCCGGGAGGAGUUUGCUAAAGGGAAUAUGCUAGGCCGUCUGUCCAAUCCUGUGGAAUACCGCGGUGCGGCGGUCUUCUUACUUUCUGAUGCUAGCAGUUUCAUGACUGGUAGUGACCUCCGCAUGGACGGUGGUCACACUGCAUGGUGA